CAAAAGGCGCAACCCAAAGUCCCAAACGCUAAACCCACCACCGGCAAAACCAAAAUGGCGGCUCUCCUAAACCCUACGUCCCGGCGACUUGCCACCGCUGCCUGCCGCCGGAUCUCGACGCCGGCGGCAGCGGAUCCCCUUGUGUCUCACCGGAAGUUCCAAGAGAGAUGCAGUUCCAGUCUGGUGGAUGUGAGUGGCAGGUUCAGUGAGAUGCUUGAUGCUACGCAAAGGUACUACGUGGUUGGAGGCAAGGGCGGUGUUGGGAAGACCAGCAUGGCAGCGGCACUUGCUGUGAAGUUUGCCAACCAAGGAGAACCAACACUCAUCGUCUCCACGAACCCAACACGAUCACUGGGUGAUUCAUUUGAACAAGACAUGAGCGACAGCAAAGCUGUACGUAUUGAUGGAUUUGACUCCCUUUUUGCAACCGAGAUUAGCCGUGUGAAGUUAGAGGGGGGACCAGGUGUUGGAUCUUUUAUCAACAGUUUGAUGGGAAGUAUGGGGCUUGGAACACUUGCUGAUCUGUCUAUGCUCAAUGAGACGCUGAGUAGAUUCCCCCCGGGACUUGAAGAAGCAUAUGCACUAUCAGAGCUGAUAAAAUCAAUCGAAUUGCAAGGGACUGAUAAAUUUAGGCGUAUAGUGCUGGAUGCUCCGUCCACUGGACAUACACUUAAGCUUUUGUCAGCUAAUAAUUGGAUUGAAAAAUUCCUCGGUAUAGCCAUUAAGGGUGUAAAUGCCGCUUCAUCCAUGCCAAUCUUCAAAUCGUCUCUUGAGAAAUGGCAAGAAAUUUCUUCGGGGCUAGAGAAACUAAGGCAGCAGAUUGCCAGAGUGCAUGAGCUUUUGGUUGAUCCACGAUCAACGGAAUUCAUCAUUGUCACAAUUCCAACGAUGAUGGCAGUUAGCGAGUCAUCAAGAUUCCACUCAUCUUUAAAGAAGUAUGGUGCACACACAAGAAGGCUUGUCGUAAAUCAAGUGCUACCACCGUCUGCAUCCGACUGCAGAUUCUGUGCUGCAAAACGGAGGGAACAAGCACGCGCCUUCAGUGCGAUAAGGGAGGACCGCGAACUCAGGGGCUUGAAGCUGAUCCAGGCUCCGCUCCUUGAUGUGGAGUUGAAAGGCGUCCCUGCACUUCGAUUCCUGAGCGAUUCAGUGUGGAAAUAGCUGACACCUUAGAAACCUUUUUCAUCGGCAUUUCUUCUUCUGAAUUUCAUCUUACUGGUACCUACUACUAUGGCCCACUUGUGACGCACAAAAGUAUGGUUAAGCCUGGACACCAGAAGAUAUGCACACCAGAAUCACAUUGUUCAGGUUGUAGAGCUGUAGACGCUUGCGUACCAGCAGAGAACCCAGGCUUGCUUAACACACGUUUGUUACCAGUGUUUGUUCCCAGAAACCUGAAGGGGAUAAGAUUGAACGACCCAGCAGCGGGCCUUUUGUCUGCCA